GCCUCCUCCUCCUUCAUCGCCUCGCUAGGGCACUUCGCAGGAGACUGGACUUGCUGCGCACAAAAAAAAAACAUUUCCUGCAGAUUUUCAAGAUUUCCCUUCAAAACCGUAUUUUGGAAAAUGAGGCCAUCGAGCUGAUGAAACACAGCAGCGUGUCCGCGGCGCACGUUCUCGGGAGAUAUCGCUUCAUGAGAUCCACCAACAUGCUGCGUGGGUGUAUUUUUUAUUAGUGUUCUUCGGAAGGGAGAAAAGAAGGGAAUGAAACGUGUUUACGCACCCUCCGUCACCCACUGCCAACACCACCACCUCCACCAUCUCUGACCACCGGUGAUUCUUCUUCUUUUUUUUUUACUUGUAUGCACAUCUCUUCGAGACAAGGUGUUCAUGGAGGAGCGACCCUUCGCCCUUUCUACCCGGACAGGUUCGGGUGAUCGCUGGUCUCGAGACACGUCGAGAUAAGGGGGCGCGAGGAGGUCAAGCUCCCCUUCUUUCGGAGGAUAAAGAGUGUCAUUCCCAAAGCUUAUUGGAUGAAAUUCCCCUUCGCCCUUGGCUGCCAAAGAUGACGUUGCCAUGGAAACAGCUUCUACUGUUAUCAAUCAUUGACAAUCUGGCAGUUUGUCUCGACAGCGGGUCGUUCCACGGCCCAAAAUGGAUGAUGGAGCCUGGCGACCUUUUCAUCCCUCUGGAAUCCAUAGAGGAGGAGGCGACUCUGACCUGUGAUGCCAAGGGAAUCCCCCCACCUCAGUACAGAUGGUCGUUGAACGGGACCCUCAUCAAUCUGAGUCUUGAUCGCCGGCGGCGUCUGUUCGAGGGGAACCUGAUCAUCAGCAGCCUGGACCGCUACCAGGACGGGGGGCAGUACCAGUGCACGGCCUUCAACCCGCUAGGCGCCGUGCUCAGCCGCAGGGCCAGCCUGCAGUUCGCCUUCCUGGAUCAUUUCAAAGUGCACACCAGGAGCGGCGUGUCUGUCCGGGAGGGCCAGGGGGUGGUGCUUCUCUGCGGGACCCCGACGUCGUCUGGAGACCUGACGUACGCCUGGGUCUUCAACGAGUACCCCUACUUCGUGCAGCAGGACCACCGGCGCUUCGUGUCCCAGAAGACGGGGAACCUGUACAUCGCCAAGGUGGACCCGUCGGACGUGGGGAACUACACCUGCGUGGUGAUGAACAGCGUCACCAAGGGCAAAGUGCAGAGCUCGCCCACCUCUCUGAUCCUCCGGUCGGGCGACGUGAUGGGCGAGUACGAGCCCAAAAUAGAAGUUCAUUUCCCCGACAACGUGCCCGCCGCCAAAGGAUCAACAGUCUCUCUCGAGUGUUUUGCCCUUGGGAACCCUGUCCCAGAGCUGACCUGGAAGCGUGCCAACGGGGUGCCCUUCCCCAGCAAGGUGAAGAUGAAGUACUCCAACGCCGUGCUGGAGAUCCCCAGCUUCCAGCAGGACGACAUGGGCGGCUACGAGUGCGUGGCGGAGAACCGGAUGGGCCGGAACACGGCCGCCGGACGCCUGGCCUUCUACGGUAUGAGCGCGCGUGGCUCCGGAUCGUGGAGCUCAGACCUCUCCCCGCUGGCUCUGGUCCUGGGUGUCAGCGCCUCCACCCUGGGCUCCGCCUCAUGA